CAUCGUCUCUUAAAGUACCGAUUUUGAUUAACUCAAUUCUAAAAAAAAAAGAGCGAGAGAGAGAGAGAUAGAGAGAGUGAUGAAACCAAAGAGCAAAGCUGCAGCUUCUGCAUCGUGUUUUCUUGUCAUGGUCAUCAGUUUGUUAUGUAGCUGCAUUAGUGGCGAUCAAAUGGAAACUAAUUAUGAAGGCUUAUCUUACAAUUACUACGAGAAAACAUGUCCAAAACUCGAAGAUAUCGUGAGAUCUUCGAUUUCACCAAUGUUUAUACUUGAUCCUACGUCUCCUUCAGCCUUGCUUAGGCUUAUGUUUCAUGACUGCCAAGUUCAGGGCUGUGACGCAUCGAUCCUAAUCGAGCCAAGUGGGGACCAGAACCAGUUCACAGAGAUCUAUUCAGCCAAGAACUUCGGAAUCAGAAAGAGGGAACUGAUUGGCUCAAUCAAAACCUCACUGGAAGCCGAGUGUCCCAACCAAGUCUCUUGCUCUGAUAUCAUCAUCCUCGCCGCAAGAGAAGCCGUCGCUCUCACGGGUGGUCCACUCAUCUCCGUGCCAUUAGGAAGAAAAGACUCUCUCUCCACUCCUAGCAAACACGUGGCUGACUCUGAGCUUCCUCCCUCCACUGCUGACGUGGACACUAUCUUAAGUCUUUUUGCUGGCAUGGCCAUGACCGUCGAAGAGUCCGUCGCCAUUAUGGGUUCACAUACUUUAGGAGUUACACAUUGCAACAACGUACUAUCGCGUUUCGAUAACGCAAACGGGACGAACGCUAACAUGGAUCCACGUUUUGAAACGUUUUUGCGAGUUGUAUGCCCAGAAUUUUCUCCAUCCUCCAAAACUGCGGAAGCUACAUUUGUUCCAAACGAUCAAACUUCGUUGACCUUCGACACGGCUUAUUACGAUGAUGCCAUAGCGGGUCGUGGCAAUCUCAGAAUCGACUCGGAGAUUGGAGCCGACCCACGUACACGCCCUUUUGUAGAAGCGUUUGCGGCUGAUCAGGAUCGUUUCUUCAACGCUUUCUCUUCUGCGUUUGUAAAAUUGUCUUCUUACAAGGUGUUAACCGGGAAUAAUGGAGUGGUUAGAAGCGUGUGUGACAAGGUUUAGGUUGAUGUAUAUUUAUUAUUAUCAAAUGAUGUUCUAACUCAUUAGUAAAAAAUAUUAAUUAGUAGUGUGAAUCAUAUUAUAUAUUGAUACAUUGUUU